AGCACGUAGGUAUCCGUAUGUACGUGGAGGUAUCACGACAACGGCCCUUCAGCCUCGUUUUUGUGGCCGUUUGUGUGAUUUAGUGACUCAUGAUUGCGUUCAUUUUUUUGGAAGGGGUGGAUUAUGGCAUUUCGUUCUCAUCAUCUUCUUAAAAUCCCUUCUCCUCGGCGAUAUUGAAUCAUGGUAUCCUAUCCACCGCCAUUCUGGUGCUUGGAAGAAGUUAUUACCGUAGGCUAGAAUGCCUAGACAUACAUAUAGGCAAUUCCAACACACCAGCGUACGGUCGACGUCGAUGGCCCGAAAAUCCGAUCAUUGCGAGCAGAGAUGGGCAACAUCCUCGGAAAACCGCAGGUCAUCUACAUCACCUAUGGCUACGACUACUCUCCCAAUUCCUCCUCCUCUCAACAUUACCGCUACGGUGAUGGGUACGAGUACGAGUAUAAGGGCGGUGAGCAGCUCUAUAAUUGCUAUGAUUGGGACUGCUGUCCAUGGUGUGGACUUUACCCCGUGGAACAGGAAAGUCAGGGGAUUGAUUGGGAGGGAGCGGUCAUAGGGAUCGUGCGGCGAAAAGGUUGUACAAACCGAAACCACUGGGCACUAGCCUUCCGAUCUGAUAUCGACGUCUCCCAACUACCGCGGCGUAUCAAAGGGUACCGGACGCGGAUCCCUAGCCGGUGUAAGAGAACGUGCUCCGAUUGGCAGCCCGUCUACAUCUUUUUAGAGCAGGACUCCUCUCAUAGUAGCGGCUCCUUGGAAGAAGCGGCGAGCUUCGUUGCUGCAGAAUAAGCCAAGCAGAAUAUAAUGGACUUUUUGCUACGUUUUAUGAUGGUGCAGGAAUAGAUAUAUUAUAGGCGUACGGCAAUCCCGUUUUGGAUCCCAUUAGUAGUAAGUAACACCACUAUUAUGCCGUAUGAAUCAAGAGCUGUAUAAGCUGUAUAAAAGCAACUAAUUUUUUAUUCCAUAUGCCCUUAGAUGGCCCGCAAAGUACAUGUAUAUGGUUACGAAGCUAAGCUAAUAAC